GAUGUGCCCUUAAUUUGUCUUUCUUCUCCAUUUGCACUUUUUUUCAUUAUCCCUUUGGAUAUCUUCUUGGAGAGAGUACCAUAAAAUUUUCAUUAACUUUGUGCGUGUUGUCGAAUCAAGUCAACAAGUACAAUUGCUGAACUAAAAUCUGAUCCAAGUCUCUGCGGGCAACUCCUCUCUCCUCUCUUGCUGGAAUCCCAAUUUCUACCUCUCACUGUCUUAAUUUGCUUGAUUGGAUCCUCUCCCAAUUGCAAAUUAAUAAAAUUUCCUUCAUCUCCAAUAUCCCAUUCUCUUUCUUCGACAUAUUAUCAAGCACUCACUUCUUUCUCUUUUUUUUUAAUUUUUUAUUCCUACAAGUCCAUUGUUAGUUCCUUGAGUGAAACACAGGAAACAGAUGGAGUGUAUCAUGACUAUCUUGCAUAUGUGCUGCAGAUCGUUAACAUUUUCUUCUCCAUCAUCAGCAGCAGCUGCUGCUGCGGGUGAUGAUGAUGAUGAUGAUGGUGGUAUUGAAGCUAAUAUUCCCCCUCGUCGGGAAAAGUAUGAUGUGUUUAUCAGUUUCAGAGGUGAGGACACUCGCCUUGGUAUUACAAGCCAUCUUCAUGCUGCCUUACUUCAGAAGAAAAUUGAAACCUACAUAGAUUACAGACUUCAGAGAGGAGAAGAAAUAGGACCUGCCCUUCUAGAGGCAAUCGAGAAAUCCACGAUUUCGGUUAUCAUUUUCUCACAAAACUAUUCUUCUUCCACAUGGUGUUUGGAUGAAAUUGUGCAUAUACUCGAGUGCAAGGAAAGAUAUGGCCAGAUGGUUAUACCCGUAUUCUACAACAUCAACCCAUCUGAUGUACGAAAUCAACACGGAACUUACGCGGAUGCAUUUGCUCAACUUGAAAAACGUUUUAAGGACAAUAUCGAUAAAGUGCACAAGUGGAGGGAUGCUUUGACGACUGCAGCCAAGCUAUCUGGGUUUGAUUAUUCAAACAACUCCGGGACGGAGGCAGAUCUAAUUCAAAAAGUUGUUGAUCAUAUUUGGACCAAAUUGUGUCUCGAAUCAUCCUGCGAUUUAAAGGGCUUUGUUGGAAUUGAAAGCCGGAUCGAGCAAAUUGAAUCUCUAUUAGGCAUUCAUUCACCGGACGCUUGCAUCACUGUUGGUAUUUGGGGCAUGGGUGGUAUUGGCAAGACCACCCUUGCUGAAACUCUGUUUUACAAACUCUCUUCUAAAUUUGAAGCUUCUUGUUUUCUUAGAAAUGUUAGGGAGAGAGAACAAAAAGAAGGGCUAGAACACUUGCAAAAUGAACUUCUCAGUCAGAUAUUGAAGGAAAAAGGUCUAUCCAUAGGAUCAACUAAUGUUCGAAAAAGGCUCAGCCAUACAAAGGUCAUCAUUGUUCUUGAUGAUGUGAGUAAUUCAAUGCAAAUGGAACGUCUAGCGGCCAAGCAUCUACACUAUGGCACUGGAAGUAGAAUCAUUAUCACAAGUAGAGAUAAAAGAAUACUUAGGCAAACUGUUGAAGAGUGUAAGAUCUACAAGGUUGGGGGAUUACAAUGGGAUAACGCUUUUCAGCUCUUUUGUUCGCAUGCUUUCAAGAACAACAGUACUCCUAGAACAGAUUAUAGGGAGUUGGCAAAAAAGGCGGUGUCUUAUGCUGGAGGUGUUCCUUUAGCUCUUAUACUUUUGGGGUCCUCAUUCCUAAAUUGCAAGAGCAAAGAAGACUGGGAAGAUGAAUUGGACAAAUUGAAAGAAUUUCCCAAUGAAAAUAUCCAGAGUGUGUUAAGACUAAGUUAUGAUGGACUGGGAAGAUAUGAGAAGGAGAUAUUUUUGGAUGUAGCAUGUUUUCAUAAUGGGGAGGAUGUGAAUGAGGUAAUAAAAUUGUUAGCUAUCCAUGGACGCUUUGCAGCGGCUGGAAUUAGAGUUCUUGUUGACAUGUCCCUCAUAUCUAUUCAUCAUGAUAUAUUUAGACGGAAAACCAUACAGAUGCAUGAUUUGCUACAAGAAAUGGGAAGGACAAUUAUUCAAGAACAAUGCAUUGAAGAUCCUGGGAAACGGAAUAGGUUGUUCGCGGAUGAGGAUGUAUAUCAUGUACUGAAGAGUAACACAGAAACUCCAAUUGUUCAAGCCAUAUCCGUUGAUUGGUUUAAGAUUGAAAAGCGACCAUUGAAACGUGACUGCUUCAAGGUGAUGUCUAACCUAAGAUUGCUAAUUGUCAAGUCUCAAAUAUUUGGCAUCUACCGCGGAUUCACCCCUUCUCUAGAUCUUCCCAAUUCUCUUCGUUAUCUUUAUUGGUGGAAAUAUCCACUAGAUUUUUUGCCGUCAAACUUUUCUCUUCAAAAUCUAGUUGAGCUUCAUAUGCCCAAUAGCAAAGUUAAGAAGCUUUGGAAAGAAGACCAGAUACUUGUGAACUUAGAAGUUAUCGAUCUGCAUUACUCUGAGUAUCUAACUGAAGUUCCAAAUCUAUCUGGGAGUCUAAAAAUUGUGCACAUAAAUCUUGGUGGCUGUAAACGUUUGGUUGAAAUUCCUUGGUAUUUUCAACAUCUUGACAAGCUUACUCAUCUUGAUCUUACAUACUGCAACAAACUCAAGUAUCUUGCAGAAAUGCCAGCAAAUAUUAAAUACUUAAAUUUAGAAGGCAGUGGUAUAAAAGAGUUGCCUGAAUCAAUUUGGUCUAACGAAAAUAUUUCUUACUUGAAUAUAAGUCGUUGCAAAGACCUUGAGAAACUUCCAAGCAACAGGUGUAAGCUGAAAGUCUCUGAUGGUUUUCAUAUUGAGGGCUGCACAUCUCUUGGUGAGUUUUCUGAGCUUCCCAAGAAUAUAAGUAAAUUAUCAUUGGUUUGUUUCAAGAGACUUGUGAGUCUACCAGCCAACAUUUGGAAGUUGAAAUAUCUCAAUGAACUUGAUCUCUCUGGGUGCACUAAACUUAAAAACUUCCCAAAGAUCUUGGAGCCAAUGGAACAUUUGAAGUCCUUAAAUUUAAGUGGAACAGCAGUUGAAGAGCUACACUCAUCAAUCAAGUUUCUCCCUCAUCUCCAAAUAAUUCAACUACAAGCCUGCAGAAGGCUUUCAAGUAUCUCAAAUAGCAUUUGUAGGUUGAAAUAUCUCAAUAAACUUGAUCUCUCUGGGUGCACUGAACUUGAAAACUUCCCAGAGAUCUUGGAGCCAAUGGAACAUUUGAAGUCCUUAAAUUUAAGUGGAACAGCAGUUGAAGAGCUACACUUAUCAAUCGAGUUUCUCCCUCAUCUCCAAAUAAUUCAACUACAAGUUUGCAGAAGGCUUUCAAGUAUCUCAAAUAGCAUUUGUAAGUUGAAAUAUCUCAAGAAACUUGAUCUCUCUUGCUGCUUUAAACUUGAAGACUUCCCAGAGAUCUCUGAGGAAUUGGAACAUUUGGUGUCUCUUAUUUUGCAAGGGACAGGUGUCGAAAUGCUUCCUUCGUCUAUUGAAAAUCUAAUUAAGCUUCAAACUUUAGACCUUAGCGACUGCAGGAACCUUAAGGAUGUCCCAACAAGUAUCUACAAUUUAACCAAUCUUAAAUCUCUCUACUUUUCUAACUGUCGGCAACUUGAAAAAUUGCCUUCCAGCUCUGUCGGUUUUCUCUCUUUAGAAGUACUAGAUCUCAAGUACAGCGGUAUAUUGGAAAUCCCUGGUAGUCUCGUUUGCUCAACCUCAUUGCGAUCUUUAUCUCUGUCUGGAACCAAGAUUACGAGCAUACCUGCAAGCAUCAAACUAGCUUCUCGGUUGUCCAAACUCAACAUUGUCUGCUGCAAGCGGCUUCAAUCUUUACCGGAGCUCCCAGUGCUAUGUAAUGUUGAAGCUCAAGGCUGCAAGUCGCUGAAGACGGUGUCAAAUUCAAGGACAGCACUCACAUAAGGUUGGGUUUAACAUGGUCAUUUUUUGCAAAUUUUCUACUAAUUGCCCAAAAUUGGAUAAUACUGCAAGCAGCAACAUAAUGGAUGAAGCAUAGAUUAGAAUUAUGCGAGUGGUAACUAUUAUGCAAGUGGUAACUACUGAGUACCUACUUUGGCCUCAGAUUAAUGUUGGAUGUCCGGGAAAAGAAAUUCCAAAUUGGUUCAGCUAUCAAAGUGAGGGAUCUUCAUUAAACAUCAAGCUUCGUCCAGAUUGGUUUCAAACAAGUUUAUUGGGUUUUGCACGCUCAACUGUUGUGUCUAGGGUUUCAAAGCCGCAAUGUGACUUAAGGGUAAGAGCUAAUUUCAUUGAAAAAUUCACGGGUGAAAGCCAUGAAUUGUUCACUUCUCAAAUCUUUAAAGCAUAGGCCACGAACAUCACAUGCAUGGGUGGAAUGAGGCCUUUAGAAGUGAAGAUGUAGUAAAAAACUGCUCCCCUGAUGUUUACAAACUUGCCAAAGAGGCCUCUAUUGACUUCUGCCAUGUGGUUUCUAAAGGAUGACCUACUUCUGCUUCUUAUAUGAAGGUGGAAAGUUGUGGUAUAUGCCCUUUGUAUGCCGAAGAUGCUGAGAAAUUCAAAUUUGAUCAUGUCUUCAUAUCGAUGGAAUCAGAAGUAGAAGAAGAAACAAGAUAAGAUGACGAUUCUGAAGAUGGUUGAUAGGAUUAAAAUCACACCACAAAGUAGCACACAAAUGUCUUAUUGAGUUAUUUACAAAAAUGCCACCGUCUCUUCAGUUUGAGAUUGAAAAUUUCGAUUUAUUUACGAAAAUUUCGAUUUAUUUUCGAAGCUCCAAUUGCAUCCUUAGGAGAGUUGGAGAAUCUCUACAACUCCUCUCCCACAGGCCUAAAACCUCAACUAUGGAGGGAAGCUCGCUUCUGUUCUUCUCCCCAUUCCUCCAAAAGCCCCCCUCAUUUUCAUUUCUCUGGUUCUUCUCCCCCAACUCCAAAAACCCUAAAUCCCAAAUCAUGGAUCCGAAGCUCUUCACCAGAACCCUAAUCCGAAAUGCGAGCAGGUUCUACUACACGAGCAUGACCUACUACACGAGCAGGACCAAGUAGCCGACCCUCCACAACAAAAUCAGCACGCUCGGAAACCCUAGCUUGAAUGUGGUUCCAGAGCUCGACGACUGGGUCUACAAUGGCAACAAAAUCCGAGUCACCAAGCUUCAGCGCAUCAUUCACGACCUCCAAAAGCGGAAACGCUUCUCCCAAGCCCUCCAGGUUGCACAUUUCAAAGUGGAUGAAUGAGAAGAGGAUAUGCAUAUAUUCACCUUUUGAGCAUGCCGUGCAGCUGGAUUUGAUUAGGAAGGAAGAAUUUUGCACAAAUUGCUGUGAAAUAAAGCCAGUUUGAGCAUGUGGGUCGAAUCGUAUUGGACAUUGUUGCAUCAUGGAGCAUGUGAUUGCUGGGAAGUUUAAGCUGGGGAGGAAGAUUGGGAGUGGGUCUUUCGGAGAACUCUAUUUAGGUGUAAAUGUAUACAGUGGGGAUGAGGUGGCUGUUAAGCUGGAAGGGAAUAAAGCAGGCCUUUUCCGUUUCCUUCUCAAACCCUCAUUGCCUUCUCUGUCUCACAGACCCACGACACAGACGGUCUCACCUCCGUCCUAUUCUCCUCUCGCCGCCGUCUCCCUUCUCUCGCCUCCACCUCACUCCCGCCACCAUCUCCACUCCCUCACCUUCCUCCCUCUCCUCCUCCAACAACCUCACUGGGAAGAGGAAUUCCUGGAAAAUAGUUUUGAGCUGGCAAAGUCCGGGCUUUGAGAGCAAGCCGAAACUGGCAAGCGAUUCGAUGGAAUCGGAGAAGGGAUUUUCAGAGUUGAAAUGGAACCUGUACCCGGAUAUCAAGCUGGACAGUUCCGGGUUUCUGAAGGUUUUGGACAUCCACAAUCUAUUGGGGGCAGUCUGGAAAUCCCGACGGCCAUGUUUUUUAUGGCAGUUUUGAGGAAGAGCAAGAAAAAGGAAGAACCAGUAUUGGAAGGUCUUCCCAAAGAGUACUACGAUGAUUCUAAGCCAUGAAGGAUUUGAUAAACCCACAAUUGAUAACAAUGUGUGGUGGUACCAACGGUUUUGGACAAGGAACAAGUUUGAUGGGUUUGAUGAUUCUCUUUUCUUUGCUGAAUUUUCAAGAUAGAGGUUGUAUUUGUAUGAUACAUAGCAAAGACUCUAUGGUAAUUCGUGGAUUACAUUAACUAGCUAGACUGUUCAAUGAGUUUGAUUUCCACUAGUUGUGUUUGUGGCUAUUGGACAUGGAGAUAUAUAUCAGUGCACUCAUUGGUAGAGUCCUACAAAUCAAGGCACCAUUUUUUCGUUCUUCUUAGGCACAGUUUAUUCCGUCAAGAAACCAGAAAUGAGAAUGGCUGUUGCAUAUGAAUUUGAUGGACUUUUAUAGCGAAAUGGGAAAAUAGGGUGUCUAAAAAUUUCAAUCGUGUGCCCUGGCUGAAGGCAAAUAAUUUUUGUUCACAAUUGAUACAAAGGGAGAAGAAAAGAGGUGUCUGAAAAAUUUUAACCGUGUGCCCUGGCUGAAGGCAAAUAAUUUUUGUUUGCAAUUGAUACAAAGGCAAAAGAAAAGAGAUUUAUCAUGAACAAGUCAACAAAAUAAUUUUGGUGAGUGCCUUACAUAUAUGGACUUUUGAAUUGCUUGAUAUGUUGCUGGUAUGGAAUGCCUUUAGUGAAGAGUGGUAUUAUACUGGGACUACAGUCAAUUCAGUUGCACUGCUUUCCAGUUAGCCUACUUGAGCAUUUUGUUGAAAGAGCUCUUAAGCUAAUCUACCUGCAUCUCAUUUUAUUAAGUUUUUGUUCUAUUGGUGUCCAUUGUCUUUGUCAGCUUAAGUUUUUGGACUACAAUGGGAAGCAAUUAUUCGUUGGAUACUUGAGUACUGCUUCAUUAAUUUUCAUAAUUUGGUGUUCAAAACAAAAAGCAUUGAGUUCAUGCCAUUUAAUCUUUUCUUGGCAACUUUCUUAGUGAGUUUCUCAUUCACUGCACGUGGAGUGUUCAAGGUGAACCCUUUUCUCUAUUUGGUUCUAUUGUUCUACUACAAAAAUUCAUCUGAAAAAGGCGCGGAAGAACCAUUGAUAGCUGCACAUCUAUGUUGCAGAGAUUUGAUUCAAAUUGGUGGAUUUAGGUCUCUAACUUCGUCCUUGGUCCCAAGUAAAUGGUUUCAUUCAUUGUGGGAGGCUUGGAGGGCGGUGAGAGAGUGAGGGUAGCAGUAUGAGAUGAUAGAGAAACGCGCUUGGGAGUAGCGUUUGGUCACUUUUCUUUUUCCGGUGCUCAACGUGGAAUGAUGCUCGGACGGAGGGAAGGACAACAGAAAAACAUUUAACAAUAUGAAAACAUUAUCUUGCACAUGGGGCACGUGGGAUGAUGCUGCUUCCCUUCGCUGGCUUUCAGGUUUUUUAACAUGCUUUUUAUCUGCACAUUUUCGAAACAAUUUAAGUUUGCAUUUUCAGAGUUUGUGGGAUUAGUGUUGAUCUUAUUUGUAUUUGUUUUAUUAAUGAUAAUACAAAACAUUCUUCGAACAA